AUGGCUGGGGGCGGUAUAGCUCCAUCGAGUGGUAGAAAACAGUACCCUGGUAAACUCACCGCUAGGGUUCUUAUAACAUGUAUUGUUGCGGCUACCGGUGGUCUGAUUUUUGGGUACGACCUUGGAGUUUCAGAUGAACUCAGCAAUCAAUUUAUUGAUUAUAAGGUUGGAAGGAGGAAGCUUUUCUUACAGGGUGGUUGCCAAAUGCUCCUCAUGCAGGUGGCUAUUGGAAUUGCUAUGGCUGUUAAAUUUGGGGUCAGCGGCAACCCUGGAAAGUUGACACUAGGGUUUGCAGUUCCCUUGGUGCUCUUAAUCUGUGUUUACGUUGCUGGAUUUGCCUGGUCUUGGGGGCCUCUAGGAUGGUUGGUGCCCAGUGAAAUUUUCCCACUUGAAGUAAGGUCUGCUGCUCAGGCUAUCAAUGUCUCCGUCAACAUGAUCUUCACCUUUGCCAUAGCCCAAGUCUUUACAGCCAUGCUCUGCCACAUGAAGUUUGGCUUGUUCUUCUUCUUCUCAGUCUGUGUGGUGGUGAUGAGCAUUUUCAUCUACAAAUUGUUGCCCGAAACGAAAGGAGUUCCAAUAGAAGAAAUGCACACUGUGUGGGAGAAUCAUCCAUUUUGGCGGAAAUAUGUUGUUAAAGAUGAAGGCAUUGCCAUGGGCAAGGCCAAGGGAGGACAGAGUGCCUAA